AUGUCUUCCAACAGCAAUAGCCUGGGAGAUGCGUUGAGCAAUGCGGGCGGUAAUGGCAAGUUGGACCAUGGUGUCUCGCUCAAGACUUUCUUGGCCUCGCUGGCGACGGCUACGGUUGUUUUUGCCGUCGAACUUCUGCUGUUUAUGCUCCUCAAGAGCAAAUUGACACGAAUCUACCAACCCCGAACAUACUUAGUCCCGGACCGCGAACGCACUGAGCCCUCUCCGCCAGGUCUGUUUAGAUGGGUCGGACCAGUAUUUCGAACUUCGAGUUCGGAAUUCAUUCAGAAAUGUGGUCUGGAUGCCUAUUUCUUCCUCCGCUUCCUACGAAUGCUUCUGAAAAUAUUCAUUCCCAUGGGAUUUUUGAUCUUGCCGAUCCUUCUGCCACUCAACCGUGUAGGAGGUAAGGAUACCUCGUAUCAGAAUGGAACAAACUCCGCGACUGGAACGCCAACGGGUGAUCGAUGGAAUGUCACCGGUCUCGAUCAACUAGCGUGGGGGAAUGUCAAGCCUGAACACACUAGUCGCUAUUGGGCCCAUUGUGUUCUGGCAGUGAUCUUGAUCUGCUACGUCUGCGCAAUCUUCUUCGACGAACUUCGUGGCUAUAUUCGAAUGCGCCAGGCUUACCUGACAUCACCGCAACAUCGACUCCGAGCGUCUGCCACAACCGUUCUUGUGACUGCAAUUCCCCAUAGCUGGUUGACGAUUGAGGCCUUGGACCAGCUGUUUGACGUCUUCCCCGGCGGUGUACGAAACAUCUGGAUCAACCGCAACUUCGAUGACUUGAAUGAAAAGGUGAAGGAGCGCAACGAUCUCGCUCUCCAGUUGGAAGCAGCUGAAACCGAAUUGAUCAUCAAGUGCAAAAAUGCGGCACUGAAAAGAGCGAAAGCCGAGGCGAAGAAGGCAGGGAAAAGCACGAAAGAGGCGAAGAAUAAUGAAAAGGCAGCAACUGACCAGCGAGCGACUCAAAUGGCAAUGGGGCCUGGUAUCAGCUCUGGCGAUCCCCAUCAGGCUCGCACUUUGCGUGAGACAUUGCAUCACCAUCACAACACGCAGAAGCGCGGCGAAUCGGAUGAGUCUCGCAGUGGCCGAGGCGUUUUUGAUCCGGCGGUUGCGGUUGCGGCGGCCGAUCUGGUUGGACACAGUGUUGGAAAACUGGGCAAGUCAAUGGUCGGUGGACUCAAAAAGGUCGAGGCGGGUUUCGAUAGCACGUUAACGCGUAAUGGUGGUGGCCUUGUGGACACGCUUGAUGUCGAUGUGCCGUCCCGCGGACGUACACCUGGAACUCAGAUUCAACCGCAGCUGCAAGAGGUGCCAUUGGAACAGCGGCCUUCUACAGCGCCGUCGCAGACACGUCUUGAAGGCCAAGAUGAGAGCUUAUGUCGGGAUGAUAGACCCGUGCCUCAGAAACGGCCAUCGUGGAAGGAUCGCAUGUCAUCCCAUCUCUCUAUACACUCGAAGAAAUCAGGUCCCGAGCCUGACGAGUUUCCUCUUACCGCACUUGAGACGCCCACUCAAGACACAUUUGGUGAUCGACCUGGUGGAAAAGAAACCGGCAAGAACAAUGAUGAAUCGCGCGAAGCCCACAAGGAAGGAGACAAACUACCGGGUGAAGAAUAUCCAAUCGCUUACAACGAGAAUUUUGAUCAAGAGGAUUAUGGAGAGCCUUUGUGGAAACAAUACAUCAAAGAGAAAGACCAAGCCACUCAUCGGUUGCCGAUCUUUGGCUGGAAAUGGAUGCCCUCGCUGUGGCUGAUAGGCAAAAAAGUCAACACAAUUGAUCACUGUCGGAAGGAGUUGGCUCGCCUAAAUCUCGAGAUUGAGAUCGAUCAACAACAUCCUGAAAGGUUCCCGUUGAUGAAUUCGGCGUUCAUCCAGUUCAAUCACCAGGUAGCCGCACAUAUGGCUUGUCAGUCUGUCGCUCACCACGUCCCGAAGCAAAUGGCACCCCGGAUCGUCGAAAUUUCGCCGGAUGACGUGAUUUGGGAUAACAUGUCGAUGAAAUGGUGGGAACGCUACCUCCGCACCUUUGGCAUUAUUACUCUGGUUAUUGGCAUGGUGCUUGGAUGGGCCUUCCCCGUCGCUUUCACUGGGCUUUUGUCACAAUUGUCCUACCUGGAGGGCAAAUUCAGCUGGCUUGCCUGGCUCGGUAACCUGCCUCAGUGGCUCAUCUCAGCGAUUCAGGGUAUUUUGCCUGCGCUCUUCCUGGCUAUUCUGGUUGCCUUGCUCCCCCUCAUAUUGCGAUUCUUGAGCAAGACUCAAGGGCUGCAUACAGGCAUGGCUAUCGAGCUGACCGUUCAGAAUUACUACUUUGCCUUUCUAUUUGUGCAGCUGUUCCUUGUUGUCACAAUCGCCUCCAGUGCCUCGACCAUUCUCAACAACGUAACAAAUGUGACCAGCUGGCCGGAACUGCUAGCCACCAAUAUCCCGCGGUCUAGCAAUUAUUUCUUCUCGUACAUGAUUCUGCAAGCCAUGUCUGUGAGUGCUGGUGCACUGGUGCAAAUUGUUAGCCUCAUCAGCUGGUUCAUUCUCGCUCCAAUCUUGGACUCGACUGCUAGAUCCAAAUGGGCUCGAACAACAAAUCUCAACCAGGUGCAAUGGGGCACAUUCUUCCCUCUUUACACAACUCUCGCCUGUAUUGGUCUGAUCUACUCUGUCGUGGCGCCUCUGAUCAUGGUUUUCAACAUUAUCACAUUCAGUCUCUUCUGGUUUGUUUACCGAUACAACACGUUAUACGUUACGAAAUUCCGCUUCGACACCGGUGGUCUGCUGUUUCCACGGGCUAUCAAUCAGCUAUUCACGGGCUUGUACUUCAUGGAAGUCUGCCUAAUUGGUCUCUUCUUCCUCGUUCGAGAUACCCAAGGAGCCGUUGCAUGCAAGGGUCAGGCCAUCGUGAUGAUCAUCAUUCUGAUUCUCACUAUCGGAUUCCAAAUUCUCCUAAACGAAGCAUUUGGGCCUCUCAUUCGUUAUUUGCCCAUCACUCUUGAGGAUGAUGCGGUGAAGCGUGAUCAGGAGUUCCACAGGGCCCAACUCACCCGUCUCGGCCUUGCUGCGGAUGAUGAAGAGGAGGACGCGGAUCAAAGUUUAGAGCAUCGUCUCGCCAAAGGCGAGCGGGAACAACGCAGCCGGGAUCAUGAUGCAGAGAACAUUGAGUUGAGGAAUCUAGAAUCAGAGCGUGAGGACUGGAAGCGUCAAGAUUCGGGACUUAACACCCCAACAAGAUCUACAACAAAGCAAUCGUCCUGGGCUGAGCGAUCGCCUAAUCGACGAUCGAAGUUCUUCGGCAUCGAUUCAGCGGGUCCAAAUCCGACACUAAAGGCACUUAGGGAAAGAAUGGCACAUGACACCGAAGCGCAAGGGCCUGCUACGAACAACAAGGGCCAUGCUCUUUUCGCUGGCAUCCAUGAUGAACUCGAGGAUCUCACUCCGGAUGAGCGUGACCAGCUAGUGCAACGUGCAUUCCAGCAUGAAGCACUGCGAGCAAAGAGACCCGUGAUUUGGAUUCCACGAGACGAUCUCGGCAUCAGUGAUGACGAAGUGUAUCGCACACAACGAUUCAGCAAACACAUCUGGAUCAGUAAUGAGUAUCAGGCCCUUGAUGGGAAAGGCCGUACCAUCUUCAGUCGAAGUCCUCCGGAUUUCUCGGAGGUCGAUUUGAUUCAAUUGUAA